CAACGGGUUUGGAAUCUUCGAGGGAGUGACUGGGACAAUGGUUGGUGGUUUACCAUUCCAAUUUGCCUACCAUUAUUUUUAUGUCAUCUCUCCAAAGCUAGCGUUGGUCCUCUGUCAUACUUCGCUCCGAAAUGAAAGAAAAGAAAUUGGAUCCGACGUUUGGACUGAGACUUUUAAGACUAUGGGUUUUAAACGUUCGAUACUCGAAAAUGCUCCUCAUCCAGCAGCAAUUCCGAAUUAUGUAGCGACUCCAAAAUAUGUACCAAGUCAUGAAUAUGGCCGCAGCACUGAUAGAAAUCCAGAGACGGCAUUUGACUCGCUUCUAAAUAGCGUAGGUCUCAAAAGACAGGAGGAUGAUAUGUUUACCUUUCGCUUUGCCAAAAUCCCUUCGGCUACCGUACACCUCGUGAAUUCUAUAUUGCUCAAUGAGACUAAACCGGAUCUAGUUUUGACUUUCUCUUCUCGUCCAUACCUCUAUAAGACAAUUCUCAAGUAUCAUAAAAGCAAUGUCGGUGUACAACAUGAUUUCUCGAGUUUGAAAAAAAUGUUGUUUAUGGAAUUAAACAAAACUCACGAGGAAGACUUACAUCUCCGGAAAAAAAUCCCAGCUGGCCGCACUUUUAAUUGGAAUGUACGUGGAAUGGAUUCAGAAUCCUGA